AUGGCGGGCCGCCGGGCCCCGGGGGAGAAGCGCUGGCAGCUGGUGCGCUGGUAUGUUCAGGAAGGGCGGUUCCGAAUUGAGGAGAGGACGCUGACAGCCUUCCAGUGGCUCUACAGCCCACAGCAGCAUCGCAUCCUCAGCCGUGCUGACCUUGAAUCUCCCUCCAGGAUCGACAAGACCAUGCUGACAAGUCUGAAGGUCAAGAAGCAGGAGCUGGCCAACAGCUCGGAUGUGACCCUCCCAGACCGGCCGCUGUCCCCUCCUCUCACUGCGCCUCCCACCAUGAAGUCGGCGGAGUUCUUCGAGAUGCUGGAGAAGAUGCAGGGGAUCAAGCUUGAAGAGCAGAAGCCGGGACCCCAGAAGAACAAGGAUGACUAUAUCCCAUACCCCAGCAUCGACGAGGUUGUAGAGAAGGGAGGCCCGUACCCUCUCAUCAUCCUGCCCCAGUUUGGGGGCUAUUGGAUUGAGGACCCGGAGAACGUGGGCACACCAACGUCACUGGGCAGCAGCGUCUGUGAGGAGGAGGAAGAGAACAACCUCAGCCCCAGCACCUUCGGCUACAAGCUCGAGUGCAAGGGCGAAGCCAGGGCCUACCGCAGGCACUUCCUAGGGAAGGAUCAUCUCAACUUUUACUGUACUGGCAGCAGCCUGGGGAACUUGAUCCUGUCAGUCAAGUGCGAGGAAGCCGAGGGGAUUGAGUACCUUCGGAUCAUCCUCAGGUCCAGACUGAAGACAGUGCAUGAGCGGAUCCCUUUGGCAGGACUGAGCAAGUUGCCCAGCGUCCCUCAGAUUGCAAAGGCUUUCUGUGAUGAUGCAGUGGGGCUGAAAUUCAACCCUGUCCUGUACCCCAAGGCCUCUCAAAUGAUUGUGUCCUAUGAUGAGCACGAUGUCAACAACACAUUCAAAUUUGGGGUCAUUUAUCAAAAAGCCAGGCAGACCCUGGAGGAGGAGCUAUUUGGGAAUAAUGAGGAGAGCCCAGCUUUCAAGGAGUUCUUGGACCUGCUGGGGGACACAGUCACACUGCAGGACUUCAAAGGUUUCCGAGGCGGCCUGGAUGUGACCCAUGGACAGACAGGGGUGGAAUCAGUGUACACGACAUUCCGGGACAGGGAGAUCAUGUUUCACGUCUCCACAAAGCUGCCGUUUACCGAGGGAGACGCCCAGCAGCUCCAGAGAAAGAGACACAUUGGCAAUGACAUUGUGGCCAUCAUCUUCCAAGAAGAAAAUACACCGUUUGUCCCAGAUAUGAUCGCCUCCAAUUUCUUACAUGCCUACAUUGUUGUGCAGGCUGAGACCUCGGGCACAGAGACUCCAUCCUACAAGGUCUCUGUCACUGCAAGAGAAGAUGUGCCCGCCUUCGGCCCACCUCUGCCCAGCCCCCCUGUUUUCCAGAAGGGCCCGGAGUUCAGGGAGUUUCUGCUCACCAAGCUCACCAACGCAGAGAACGCUUGCUGCAAGUCGGACAAGUUUGCGAAGCUGGAGGACCGGACAAGGGCUGCCCUCCUGGACAACCUUCACGAUGAGCUCCAUACCCACACGCAGGCCAUGCUGGGACUGGGGCCAGAGGAGGACAAGUUUGAGAAUGGGGGCCAUGGGGGAUUCCUGGAGUCUUUUAAGAGGGCCAUCCGUGUUCGUAGCCACUCCAUGGAGACCAUGGUGGGCAGCCAGAAGAAGCAGCACAGUGGGGGUAUCCCUGGCAGCCUCAGCGGGGGCAUCUCCCACAACAGCAUGGAGGUUACCAAGACUACCUUCUCGCCUCCAGUGGCGGUGGCAGUGGUGAAGAACCAGUCACGGAGUCCCAUCAAGCGGCGGUCGGGGCUCUUCCCCCGCCUGCACACAGGCUCUGAAGGCCAGGGGGACAGCCGGACAAGAUGUGACAGUACAUCCAGCACUCCCAAGACCCCAGAUGGUGGACACUCUUCUCAGGAGAUAAAGUCUGAGACCUCGUCCAAUCCCAGCUCUCCAGAAAUCUGUACCAACAAAGAGAAGCCCUUCAUAAAGUUGAAGGAGAAUGGCCGAGCCAACAUCUCCCGCUCCUCCUCCAGCACCAGCAGCUUCAGCAGCACCGCCGGGGAGGGCGAGGCCAUGGAGGAGUGCGACAGCGGGAGCAGCCAGCCUUCUACAACCUCGCCCUUCAAGCAGGAGGUGUUUGUCUACAGCCCGUCCCCAAGCAACGAGAGCCCCAGUCUGGGGACAACCACCACCCCCAUCAUCAUGAACCGGAGUCCCACGGAUGCCAAAAGCAGAAACUCCCCGAGAUCAAACCUGAAAUUCCGCUUUGACAAGCUCAGCCAUGCCAGCUCCAGUGCGGCAUCAGCCAGGGGGUCGCCAGACACCUUUGCCAUACCUUGA